GCCUGUUUAGGCAAUUCCGCCAACUCUCCCAGGCACAACGAGGAAAUGGCAAGCUGAACGGCGUUGCAUUCUGCGUCGGGAAGAUGGCGACGCACGCGAGUUACGCCAUGUCGGAGGAGUAUGAGCCGCAGCGCCAAGGCGGCAAGUACAGCGGUAUGUCCCGAUCUCGCUUUGCACACACUUCACGGUAUCGUAGCGGCAAAUGCGAAGAAGCGAUUGGUGCGGAAGAUCCAACAGGACAGCAUGAAGCAGCUUGCCAUGACGACACAGGCCGUGCUCGUGCGAUCGCCCACGGAGCCGUAUUACUCGUACCACAUGACAAUCACGUCCGAGUACUACAAGCAAAAGUGGAUCGCAUGCCAUCGGUAUUCGGACUUUUACCGACUGCGGCACACGAUUCUUGAGAUGCUGUCGGUCCAUGCACGGAUGGGGUGCCCCGUGUGCCAGACCGUGCACACCCAAGUCAAAAAGUUUGACUUCCCCUCGCGCGACAUCUUUCGGCGAGGGGCGCUCGACAAGCAGGUCGCGAUCCGACAGCCCAUGCUUGAAGACUUUGUCGUCGCACUCUGCCAGUACUUGUCGGCCGAAGGACUCACGGUGCACUGCCGCAACAUCGUGAAGGUUCAAAACAAGAUGAAAGACUUCAUCCAGUUCCCGCUUGCCCACGAGGAGCAGCACAUCCGCGCGAUUCGAUCCCUCACGUAUGUUGACCCGCGCGACGUACACGUGGAGACGGAAUCGUGCCCGAUCUGUUUGAACGACUGGGGCGAGCUCGACGGAAACCAGCUCGUGCAUGCCGAAUGCGGCCACUUUUUCCAUGAGUACUGCAUCAAUGAAUGGUACACGACGCGGUUCGACUGCCCCAUGUGCCGCCACAUCGCCGGCUUGUGACUGCGUCGAGACGCCCGUACAGGACUUCCAAGAGUAUGACGAGACCAUGUAUAUUCUGGGUUGUUGUGUACCUAUACAUUUCGUGAAUAUAUGUGAAGGCGUGUGGCGUUGUAUUCCGUACAGGACAUUACAGAAUAAAAUGGUCCGUCGUAUCUUAGUGUGUCCAGUAUCCAA